AUGAGUUGGCUGAGAAACAGCCCUUUGAGAAAUAGUUUAAAUAAACAAUGGUCCAGAGAUUCACCGCCCAAGGAUGCUGAUCCUAGUGCUUGCUAUGACAGCUUUUGCAAGCACUGGCAGCAAACAAAUGAAAUUAUUAAGCAAACACGAUCAUCAACAAACUUGCCUGUCUACGACGACGUAGUUGCUGUCAUAAAUCAUAUCGAUCAAAUGAUAACGCUCCUGCUAGUUGAAUUCCGCAGCAAUUUUAAUUUUAAAAACCAACAAUUGUCUGCGUCAUCACACUCACCUUGCUUGGAAUACUUGUUGAGCGAAAACUUGCUCGACAUUGUUUAUGAUUGGAGUCUCAAUGUUGGGAGGUACACGAGUUCCAUAAGAUUAGAGUUAAUAAAAUUAUUUGAAUUAAUAAUAACCUUUAAUGGGCCUUUAAUAGGCCACGAGCCGAUAGCAAGGCCAUUGUUGAAAUUAUUAGAAAAUUUUAUCGAUGAUAUGUUGCCCUGUGACAUAGAAAAAAAAUUAAUAAUGUUACUUAAUAGUAUUUGUGUAGCUUUAAUGCAGAAUUUAGCAUUAUUAGACGUUUUUUUUCAUCCACACGCCGAGAAUGAACAACGCAAGUUCAUUAUUUUUACACUAUUGUUACCGCAUGUUCAUCGAGAAGGACCAAUCGGACAGCAGGCGCGCGAUGCAAUUCUACUUUGCAUGGCUCUGUCAAAAAAAAAUGACCAAGUAGGAAUAUACUUAUCCGAAAAUUCAAACGUCUGUCCAGUUCUAGCUACCGGAAUAAGCGGACUUUACUCGUUAUUACCCCGAAAGCUAGAGAUUGAGUAUGAAGACUGGCACAGGUUGACUCCGGAUGAUGUCAACGAUAUUCCGUCACUGGAGCAUUUGAUGCAAUGCUUCGAGUUUUGUAAUGCCGUAUCACAAAUAACUCAUUCAUUUAUUUUUUCGAUCGACAACGAAUUCGGGAUUGUUGCGUGUUUUAAAAAAAAUUAUGAUGGAUGUCGUAUACUGGAUACAUUAAUUCAAAGAAUCUCAACAAGAUCUAGGACAAUUAUGUUGUGUAUAGUAACUCUAGCAUUUUUUGAAACACUAGUAGACCUGAAUUGCGAAGAUAUAAUGCUAGAGUUAUGUUUAUCAGCAUUAUCACCAUGCACACACGUAAUGUUAUCCCAGCGACGUAGACUGCGUGACUUUGAUUUAUUUGGUAACACAGCUAAAAAAUUUUUAUCAUUGCGUCCAAAUUGCUGUUUAUCAUGGCCUCUCACAUCGACCGUUUCUUCAUCGUCUUCUUCAAAUUUAUUCGAACCUAAUAAUUUAACUUCUGCACCAACAGCAACAACCACAACAACGUCUAUGCCAAGUACAAAUUUAAACUCACUGAGUUUCUCCGGAUUUAAUCCCAAUGAAAGUCUCUACGGGAAUUAUUUUGCGUAUUUAUUUGACGCUAGGCAGAAAAUAGUCGCCUGUAAUCUAGCGUGCGCAAACUGGUCGUCAACUUACGACGGAGUUGACGAAGACCUCGACAAAGAUAAUGAAGAAGACGAAGACGAUGAAAAUGAGGAAGAAAUAAAAUUAAAAGUACAACUUAAUCAUAUGCAAAAAUUAUUUAAAAAUUUAUCUAAUAAUGAUAUUUUAGAUAGCGUUAAAUCGUUAUUGGAUUAUGAUGAAAACAAUCAUGUCAAUUAUAAAAUAAGUGAUAUUAUUAAAUUAAAUGAAGAUGAUGAUAGUAAAGAAGGUAUUGAUGAAACAGAUAAAAUACAAAAUAAUGAGGUCAAUAAAGAAACUCUUGAGUCUGAUAUUAUAAGCUUAUUAAACGAACAAGUAGAUGUAAGAAAUAAAGAUAGUGCAAUAAGCAAAACUGAGGAUUACGAUAAUCAUAAGCCAGCAAUUAAUGAAGAGCCGACAAAAAUUGACCCAAUGUUUUCGAUGGGCGAAAGCAGUGGAUACGAAAGUCUUGCGAUGAAAAAUUCGUCUGAAAUGUCCUCAAUUGAAGACGAUAAUAAUGACGAAUUUGAAGAUAAAAAUAAUGAGCUAUCUGUCGCUGAACAACGGAAUGACAGUGUCAUAAUAAAUAAAACGGAAGCUAACAGUGAUAGCUGCAGCAGUAAAGGAGCUGUGAAAAAAAAAGUUGUGCAGGAUGAUUACUUAAACAGUAAACCUGACAUUGGAGUCUUUUUGGACGUUCUUUUGAAGAAAUUAGAGAGCAUGACUAGCAAUAAUUUAUAUGUUAAUUUACACUUGACUGGUUUAAUCAGCAGGCUGGCUAUUUAUCACCAACCGUUGUUACAAUCAUUUUUAUUGAAUCCGUCUUUGGUGUUCCAGCCUAGUAUCAGAUCGUUAUUUCAGAUUUUAGCUUCUUUGAAACACAAGAUGGACAAAUACUUAUCAAAAGUUGAGAAUGUCGAUGAAUUAGUUAAGCAAGCGCGCAUGUUCUUAAUAAAUCGUGAGUUUAGAAUUAUUGGCGCUAAAAAUAAUCCUUCCAUGUCGAAUUUAUCAACGCCGAUGAUGAAAAAAGAAUCAUUCAGCCAAGAUUCUUUUAUAAGAAAUGAACCAAAAAGACGUAGUUUGACUUCAUCAUUAACGCAAAUAUUCAAGUUUGGAAGUAACAGUCCUCCACAAAGUUUAAAAAGCGUAACUUCAGAAGAUAGUCCUGAACAAAACAACGAUUUCAGCUUCAAAUACCCAGUCGUAACACCCACGCAACACGUCGUAAUUUGUGCCGUUAUUAUGGACGAGUGGCUAAAAGAACUUGCGGCUAUCACGCAAGAACAUUGUGUGUUAUCAUUAAAUAGUUGGAUAUAA